AUGGAGUGGACAACAAGGCGCUUGCUUGUGUUCCUCUCUUCACUCACGCUUUGGAGCAUCUCCGUCGAUGUUUGUUCGCCAGCCGCGGCGGGGCCUAUGCUUGCGCCGGCGCCGGCGCCGAUGCUGGUCGGCGUGGUGCUGGACCUGACGAGCGACGUGGGGAAGAAGACUCGCGCCUGCAUUUCCAAGGCGUUGGACGACUUCGACGCCGCGCACGGCGCCGCUCGGGUGGAGCUUCGCGUGAUCGAUUCGCGCGGGGAUCUCGCCGUGGCAGCGCACGCUGCCGGGGACCUGAUAAGAAAUGAUCAAGUGCAAGCCAUGAUAUGGGGGCCACAGACACCAAGCAAAGCUGAUCAAGUCGCGCACCUAGGCCACUCCAACAACAUUCCGGUUCUCUCCUUCUCCGACAUUUCCCCAACGUCGUGUGCUUUCAGGCUAGAAGAUCCUCUAACAGUUUCUGGAGGCCAUGCCAAGGUUGGCUUUACCCUUGGAAGUGACAGUAUAGCCUUUCUUACCCCGACGACCGAUAAAAGAAACGGCAUAAAACUAGAUACAAUAAGAACAAGCGAGGAUUGCCAAGGUCCAUAUAUGAAGAUUGGUGUACCACUGAAACAUGGUUUUAAAGAAUUUGUUCAAGCUACUGAUCCGAAUCCCAUGAACCAUAAUUUCACUGGCUACAGCAUUGAUAUCUUCAAGGCUGCUAUGAGGGACGUGAAUCCUAGUCCGUGCUAUCAAUUUUGGCUUUUUCAGGGUACUUAUGAUGAGCUAGUUGGCAACGUGUCUUCAGGGGUGUAUGAUGGUGCCGUAGGUGAUGUGACGAUAACUGCGAAACGAGUCGCUGCCACAGACUUCACGGUGCCAUACACACAGUCUGGUGUGUCUAUGCUCGUGCUCGUCAAGUAUGAAUCGCAUACAUGGACAUUUCUAAAACCACUGAGUUUGGAACUUUGGAUUGCAACCGUAGUCUUCAUCAUCUAUACUGGAUUUGUUGUGUGCAUCAUUGAACUGCAAGGAAAUCCGGAGUACCAAGGAUCAAUUUCGAGACAGUGCAGCAAUGCCCUGUACUUCGUUUUCUCGACUUUGACGUUUUCACAUGGCCAAGGUAUUCGAAGCCCUUUGUCAAAAAUUGUUGUGGUUGUAUGGUGCUUUGUAGUGUUGAUUCUGGUAACAAGCUACACGGCAAGUUUGUCAUCCAUGAUGACCGUGAAAAGACUUAUUCCUCAGGUGACAGAUCUGGACCAGCUCCAGCGUGACGGCGACUUUAUAGGAUACCAAGAUGAUUCUUUUGUGCGGUCUUUCUUGAUAGCUCAUCAUAAUAUCAGCGAAAGUAAAUUAAUGAAAUACACGACGAAAGAAGAGUAUGCUGCUGCUUUGAGGAAGGGGUCAAAGAAUGGAGGGGUGUCGGCCAUCGUCGAUGAAAUUCCCUAUUUAACUUCUUUCCUCUCUGACGGUCGGAACAAAAAUGAAUUUAUGAUGCUCGGGUGCAUAUACAAGACUCCUGGGUUUGGUUUUGCUUUUCGUCUAGGUUCUCCACUCGUGCAUGACCUUUCCUCUGCCAUCCUCAACCUAGCAGAAGGGACUGGUAGCUCGGCAAUAGAAGCGGAAUGGUUUGGCACAGCUGCACCGCUAAUGGGUUCUGGCACGGUACCUGACACUGAUUUUGCGGAUCUCACUUUCAGAAGCUUCUCUGGUCUCUUUUUUAUCACGGGAUCAAUUUCAACUCUCAUGCUGCUGAUAAGCAUUGUAAGGUUGGUUCAUGCAAAAUACACUAGAGUCAGACAAGAUGAUGUGGAAAGUGUGCCCGGCAGCAUUGUCGAUGAGACAAGUCCGUUGCAGGAUGGCAUGGGUGGCAACCCAAGCCCACAUCAACAACCACCACAUGAAGCCGUCAGUAAUGACAUCGAGGACGUCCAUGUUGAUGUUAGUGACGAAAAUGCUGGGGGAGGAGAGCCAGGCCCACUGCAACUGAAUGACACGCACACUGGCCCGAUGCCUGCAGCACACAUUCAGAUCGACAUGAGCAAUGUCUGA